ACAAUUUGCAACCUUCCAGUGGCUGCGAAUGUUUUUUAGAUCCAUGGAAUUUUAAGUGAUGUUUCCGCGAUGAAUUAGAUCUGUGCAGACGUUCAAGGCGUCACACUAGCUCGUAAAUUGCUGCCAUUGUGUUGAGAUUUUACGUGUUCGGUGCAUAGCCUCUAAAAUGGAGAGCGUGCAGGUUGAAGUUAAGAUUGAACUUGGGCACAAGGCUUCUUGUAAAAAAACGUUGAGUCCUGAAGGCUUUACACACGACUGGACUGUUUUUGUGCGAGGGCCGGAGAGCUGUGAUAUUUCCCACUUUGUGGAGAAGGUCGUCUUCUACUUACAUGAGAGUUUUGCCAAGCCAAAACGAGGUAAGAGCCAAAAUAUUUGCUUCCCCUCGUGCGUAAAAUCAAAUUCUCGUCGGAGCGGGUACACAUAGAUAGCAUUUCGACAUAAAUCCGAUUUUCAGAUUUUUCAUGUACUUGUAGAACUAUUAUGGUGUGAUUCGACAGAUUUCCUUUGUUUCCCAUAUCAUUCUAACCACAGUCGAUCACUUUAAUGGCCAAUUUUCCUCUAACUAAAAAACAUUAAGAGCUACUUCACAGCGUUUUACGUUGAUGGUUUAUUUCUUGACUUGCCAUUUUGACGGGGAGGAAAAUCGUUCCAACAUUUGAUAUAAUUUGCAUUUCACCAAAAGGUCACGUUCAUUUUGAUCUUCUUAUUUUCUGUGAGUUAGACACUUAAAAUUCCGCGAAGUUGAGAAAAGUACAUUAUGUUUGUUAUAGAAACACUCACUGUGCUUCGAUCAUAAUACAAAAUCUUAAGCUUAGGCCUCUAUCCCUUUUCUUGUCUACAUAAAACACUGACAACAGAGUGCUUUUAUUAUAAUAUUCGCUCAGAAAGGUUUUUGUUUUUUAUUUCGCUACGUGGAAAACAACACAAAAGACGUUUCUUGAACUACAGAUUUGCUAGAAGUUCACUUUUGUGGUAGCAUUAUUUCCUCAUCAUCUGUAGACAAUUGUCGCAACGUGUUUUUAUUUUCCAAGAUAAGCCCUUCUGAGAUAAGUGACCGUUAAUACAUUUAACCUUCCUGUAUAUCAUAGCACUGAAAUAUCAGCCUUACUUCUUCUCAAUCUAAAUUCACUACAUUUUGUAAUCUUCAUGAAGAAAACUUGGCUUUUUGCAACAGACAUCCAUUUGGUAGCGAGAUCGCGAUCGAUUUAUCAUGCAAAUUACAUUGUGAAUUACUUGUGUAGAUGUUUGUUUAAUAAGUUACAUCUUUUGGGGAGUAAUAUUUCCCGUAAAAUAGAUCAAUGAGACUAGUAUAAUUAGUACGUUUGACUCUUUUUUCAUGAUGUGUUGAUGUCCAUUUUUAAAAGCAAAUAAAAUAUCUAAAACCAUUGAAACAAAAUCUCUAAACAGUCCUUUAGGAAAAUAUCACGAUGCAACUGCCACAAUUAAUUAUUCUGUUCUGUUGAUCAUGAUUGUGCUACCUGUCUGUACUGGUUUGAAAAGCCUAUUCUGUAUUUGCCAACUGUUAUUAUAAAUAUUCUUUGUAUACAAAAUUUAAAUAGGCCUAGUAUGUAUGAAAAAAUUUACUUGUGUUGCCGUUUUUUGCAUAGUCAAAAUCUCGUUGUUCUUUAAAUCAACUUAAAUUAGUAUAACUUAGCCUUGUAACCGUCACCUAAGUGAUAGAUAAAGCCAACCCUCUUUUCAAGUAAUCACUCCUGGCUCGAAAAAUACUUGAAUUUCAGGUUGUUCUGUGGGCAAGCAGCUCUCAGUGAAAUUUUACUUGCCCUGCAGAGCAAUGUACUUGCUUGUCUUAAUCUGUAGUUUAUGAUUUAGUUGGAGGAUGACUUACCUGAACCCUUGCUCAUUGGGCAGGUAAGCUUUAAAAGUUACUUGCCCAGCAAGAAAAUCUACUAAUCAUAACUAUGACAAAAUUCUCAAAUCUGACUGGCAAUCAAACUGUCCUGAUUUCAUCCUAAUAGGACAGUGUAAUAGGACAGUACACGUCAUGCCUAAGUAACUGGACAGUAUGCACUAUCAUGUGUGUGUUUAAAUGGGCUCUUUUUUUCACUGCUGGCAAAAACUCUUGGAAUUUCUUGUGUUUCGAUUUUAAAAAGCUUUAUAUAUCACAAAUUUUGUUAUAGUUAUGAUUAAUUGGUGACAGAACUUCAUGUCAUCCAAUUCGUUUUGUAAUCAUACUCGUGAUUAAACAAAUCGUUCGACAAGUUGUCCGAUUUUGUUUAUCACUCCUAUGAUUAUUGAUGGAAUUGGACUCUGCUCAGUCCUAUUACCAAGAUUAAUAAGUCCCGGACUACCAGAUGGCACUUUUCUUGAGCCCUGGUUUUGUUUAAGGAGAGGGGGCAGCUGUACUAAAGGCUAUGUCUGUGAUAAAUGGAUAAUUUUUGACAGAAUGCAUUUGCUCCAAGUGUUGUGAGAAUCUUGCCAUGUGGAACCUCCUCCUACAUAAUUUUUAAUGUGAAUAGCCUUAUUCCAGUUUCGGAAAUGGUGGGGUGAAUUGUCACUUCUUCGUUGUUCAAUAAUUUGAUCCUUUCGUUGAUCCUUCCAUUCUUUGUAAACAGUAGUAAAACAAUGGUAUACCUUGAUUCUUUGAGGAUUGAUGGAUCUCCACAAUAUUGUCCAGAAAUAAAUGUCAUCUGUGUCUCCAUGCAAGGUUGAAGUGUACUUUUUAAUUUACAAGUGGAUAAUUGAAGUUUUUUCUCGGUACUCUUUUUAUGCUUUAAAAUCUAUGAAUUCAAAAGAUGCUUUAUAGCCAAGGCCGCAGGUGAAACUAACCUCUGGUUAAGUCCGUCUGCGUGCCAAUGCUGAAAUCUCAGUCUGGGCCCCCAGCUGUGUUCCAGGAUUUGAGUGCACCUCAUGGUUGGCCUAUUAAAAAAGUUAUGGUUGAUUUGCCAGUCAGGUUGAAGGGAAUUUCAAAACACACUUCCAGUAAUUUGUUGAGUCUGUUGGGGGGCUAGAGCAGUCUGUUGAGGAGCAAGGGAUGGCGCAGUGGUGAGAGCGCUCGCCUCCCACCAAUCUGGCCCGGUUCAAAUCCCGGCAUUGACGACAUAUGUGGGUUAAGUUUGUUGUUGGUUCUCUCCUUUACUCCAAGAGGUUUUUCUCCAGGUACUCUGGUUUUUCCCCCUCCUCAAAAACCAGCAUUUCCAAAUUCCAAUUCAACCAGGAAUCAGGUGGACGAAGAAACAGUUUGUGGAUGUGCUACCUCCAAAUCAUUAUUUAUUUAUUUAUUUAUUUAGAGCAAGGAUCGCAGCACUGCUUUGCAGAAGUUUCUAGCCUGGGUUAGAUUACAUCUGUCAUGCAGGCUAAUACAGGGCUCACACAGUCUUGAAAAGCCCUUGAAUUUUAGGGGAAGUCCUUGAAUUCCAUUUUUUCUUGAAAAUCCUUAAAUUUUUAUGCAAGUCCUUGAAAAUUCCUUGAAUGUUCUUCGGUUUUGAAUGUAGUGGCCUGUGAAGUGUUUUUUGAUGCUUUUUGGUUGUCCAAGACAGAAUAUGAAUCAUAGCAAAGAGAAUUUAAAGGUUAUUUACAGAAAGUGCUCAAUGUUUUAUGCAAUAAUUAACCAUCAAUUUAAGACAAGUGAACUGAAAAAUGUAGAGAAGUUGCUGAAGCAAACAAUUCAAGCCUCAAGGCCUUAUUAGAAUAGACUGGGAAUGUGCAUUUUUAUUAGAAUCUGUGAAAUCAUAUUCCUAGUAGGUGGUCCUUGAAAAGUCCUUAAAAAACGGUUGAAAUUUUUUUGUAUGAACCCUGUAAUAUGUUAUUGAGCCAGUAAGUCCAAGUGUCAAAAAAGUUAAUACGCAAAUGGUAAUGAGUUGUGAUGUUAUGCAAAUUAAGGAUGUACUAUUGCUUGGUGUUCGACUAAACAAAUUCAGCAACUGCAUAGCUGUCUUUUUAAUUAGAGUAUAAUAUUUAUUAUAUAAGCAAUAAUCUGGUUAGAAAUGUGACCUUCAAGUGUAACAGUGGCUGUAUACAUUGCUCCCAGAAAUUUUAGAAUUUUGUUUAAAAUCAAACAGUAAGAAUAAAAAUGCAAGUAAACUGAAAAUGCCUUGUAAACAAUGGUGGGAGGAAGCAGUUGGAAGAGGGCUUUUGCUUCAGUUGCUUACCCUAGAAGUAAACAAGUCUGGAAGUGCUAGAAGUACAAUUGUUGGAGUGAUGCUCUAAUUGUAUGCUUGGUUUAAAUUUUACUUUUCUUUGUUCCAGACUUAACAUCAGAAAUUACCAUACCCAAAAACAAGGAAAUAAAAUUGUUGAACCAAGGAUAAAAGUGAACCACAGCAGAUUUUAAACUGUUACUCUUUAUCAAUUCAGUUUCAACGAAAGUGUAACUUUUAGUUUCAUUAAUGGUAUCCUUCAGUUUUUCUAAGUCAUGAGUUUCAGAAAUGCCAUUUUCUCUACACUCCUGGAAACCAGUUAUCUCUGGAUGUGUUAUUUUUAUCCCUCCCUGUUCAAACUAGUAAUGACUCUGCUGACGUGAAAAUGUUGUCGUUUUUGCAGUUUUGAAGGAGCCCCCAUACAGAGUAGCAGAAGCAGGAUAUGGAAGUUUUUAUCUUCCAAUUGAAGUCUAUUUUAAAAACAAAGAGGAGCCAAGGAAACUGAAAUUUGACUAUGACCUGUUUUUGCCUGUGUAUGGUUCUCCGCCAAUUGAUAAUAUUCGCAGCGAGGCACUCACAUUUAGGAACCCCACAGAGGAGUUUAAGAAAAAACUUGUUAAAGGAGGAGGUAUUGUUUCCUGCAUGGGAACAGUCAAUGGACUUCACAGGUACUCGCAAGGAACUUUAUAGUCAGGAGCUUAAGCAACCUUGAUGAAGAUUUGGUUCAAUUGGGACAAGAUAAUUCUAGAUUGAGCAAGUGAAGGCACCAAAAAGGGAAAUUAUGGAGUGGAGAAGUUUUUGGAAAAGUUAUUUAAAAAGAACCCUUUCUUAUAUUUAGCUGUUCAAAGGAAAGUUGGUGUACAGGGUUGUCCAAAGUAGCCAGCUGCUGGCAAAAAUCGCCGCCUACUUGAUUAGUAUUGGCCGGCUACUCUGCUUGGCAUUUCUUUGUGGGUGACGUUUUUUAAAUAAAAUAUCCCUGGAUGGGUCGCUUACUUUGACAACACAUGGGUGUAAUUGCUAGUGGGCCAUUUUCUGUUUGUUUUUACCACAUUUUAAUGACAAAUGUGUGCAAACAGGAGCAUGGGGAAAUAUCUUGCACAAGGCUUGAUUAUAUUCAUGGCAGGUGCAACAUUUUAAAAGACUUAGAGUCAAGAGGAUAUUACUGUUUUAGGUCAAUUCUGUGCUGAAGUCAUUUCUUAGUGCCUUAACCCACCUACAAAAAUAAUGCUCUGUUAGAGAUUUGAAGAAGAUAUCAAACAGAUUUCAUCUGAUAGCACUAACCAUAAUAAUUUUUUGGUGAUUUUUUCAGGCAUAAAAUUUGGGCCAACUUUUUAAGCUUCAAUCCAUGUCCAUCCUUGCCAUCCUUAACCCUUUAAGUCCCAAUAGUGACCAACAUUAAUUUUCUCCUAACAAUAUCCAUACAAAGUCAAGAGAUAAGGUUAUGAGAAGUAAUAAAAUGAUCACCUAAGAGAAAAUGCUUUGAUCUUUUAUCAAAAUCUCUCAACUCAUUCUUUAAGGAAAUAUAUCAAGAUCAGUUUGGAGAAUUUGUAUGUGGAUAUUGGGACUUAAAGGGUUAAAACAGUCUACUGGAAACAUUUUCAAAACCUAUGGUCUUCAAUAACAAAACUGGACCAUUAUGUUUAGAAGUCGGUUGAUGUGAAGACAUAUUUUAGCUUUUCAAAAAGAUGGCAAGUAGCAUGACAUAACCUCUUUAAGCGUGUUUUCAAAAUUUCAAUAAAUUGAUGAUUUUUUGUUGUUCCUUUAGCGCCUCCUCCCCAGGAAAAGGGACCUCACAUCCACAAAGCAUGGACACAAAUGCUGGCAAGGAAACAAACAACAUCAGUGAUACAAAUAAUACACAAAAACAUGCAACUUCUUUGCAAGAGCCUGACAAGGUUAAAAAACAAAGGCAUGAUGGAGUUACAGUAGGUAACAAGACUGUUAAAAUGCAAGAAACUGUUACUACACCAGGACUAAAAAGAUCUUCUAGUACAUCUGGUGCAGAUGAUCUUCCGUCACAGCCUACGGUGAAAAAGAAGAAAAAGAAAACAGAUGAAGGAACCGCAAAGAGCAAACCUGUUGGUUUUAUUCCUUUAGAGCUACCAGUGCCCGGGAAUGAAAACAAAGACAAACUAGAGGAGAUGAAAGAUGUCAAGUUAAAAAUUAAAUCAUUGCCUUCGAAAAGUGCUGGGAAUGACAAAAAGAAAAACAGACGGUCCUCAUCAGAGGUUGGCACCGGUGAAAGUGCAAAUAAACUUUUAAAGACUGCAGACUCAACAUCAACCAAGAAAGCCAAGCUAAAAUCACCCAAGGAAGAUUUGAAACAGGUUAAACAGGAGGAGAAGAAAGUAGAAAAGAUUACUUUUCGCCGUAGUUCUGGUGAUAGCUGGUCAAGUAGCACUUCUAGUUCAAGUUUGUUAGGGAACGCUAGUGGCAACAAAAACACUGCACUGAAUACACUAUUAGCGGAAAUAGGAGAUGAUGAUGAUGAUGACGACGAUGAUGAGGGUGAUAUUUUUACCCCAUUUCAGUCCAGCUCAACUCACACUGCAAAGACACUGAAACAAAAAAGUGCUUCAGUUAUUUCUCCAAAUGAUUCAUCACAGAGUAAAGACAGUAAAGACAGUAGUAAAGUCAAGGUGAAAGGCAGUACACAGACAAAGAAAUCAGAGACUUCCAAAAAUGGGAGAAAAAAUGGGUUGAAAAGCCCUACCACCAAGCCACCAUCUGUUAAACAAAGGUGAAAUUCAUUUUUGCUCUCUACUUAAUCCUUGGAGUGUUUUCUUAUAGACCUUUCCUGCAUUCCUGUGAACAAAGGCACCAACUCAAGACUUGGGUUGACAAAAUACAGUAAUUCGUAUGAAACUGUCCCCCCAAGUCUGGACCUUGUUUCUUUAUGUGUGCUAAGUGGAGUGGAAUGUUGGAAAGGGCUGUUAAGAAGUCUUUUGUUACUUUUAGGGGACCUUCGCUCUAUCUAAACAACUUAAGUAGGUGCACAAGUUUAAUACGCAUGAAAAUUACUGACAAAAUUACAAAACAAAGAAUUAAAUUUUAGAAAGUAAGUAAUAUAGGAAAGGUUAAAAGAAAGAAAAUGCAAAAUUACGGUUUUAACAUAUGUGAAAAAGAAAGCAAAGAUCAGUAACGUGACGAACAAACAAUUCACAAUUGCCAUUGUAUGCAUGAUUUUUUUCUCAUUCUACACUCUGCAUUUAGCAUCAGUAUAAAUUUGACAUAUUGUUGGGUAUUAAACUCAUCAUUUUGCACAUGCAUUUACUUAGUUUUUUUCCCUUACUGAGCGAAGACCCUGUGUGCUGUAGCCUGUCUACAUCUGUCUGUCCUCCCCCCCAAAAUGGUGAAUUUGUUCUUUUUGUUGGGGUGGUGCAGAGAAGGAUGUACAAAGGCUGCAUGUGAUGCUAUUUAAGAGAUUUUCUUAAAAUUUAGAAAAUCAUGGCCACCCUGCAAAACUAUAAAUGUGAAGAUUUGAAAUUCGAGAAAGUUGUGAUGUUGAAAACUAGUGUAGACCUGUUGUAACUACAUGGGUGUAUGGUUUUUGGUAUGCAUUCUCUUUUGCUAAGUAGUGGAACUAUUGCUCUUCUAGCCUCCAAGAAAACUGUGCACCACUUCAACCCCAGUGACAGCAAGCUUCAGGUCAUUUGAAUCAUGGAAAGUCAAAAGUUUGGCAUUGGCUAUCAUUUUUCUUUCUAAUGAACAUGUUUUUAUAAUUCAAUUUCAGCCCCAAACCAAAGCUUAAAGAGACUAAACAAGGCAGCAAUGGACAGCAGAAUCCAUCAACAGAACUCAUUCAACUUUACAGACGUCUUACUACACUGAAAGACUCAAAUGUGCUUCAAAGAGUAGCGGACAUUUUAGAAGCAACAGGUCGCUUUGAACUCACAGACAAAACGCUGGAUUUUGACUUGUGUGCUCUGGACAAAAUGACUAUCAAAAAGAUUGAAAACUCAAUCAACAGGUAACCAGAGUGGGAUGUACUCUGUGUUUAAGGAACUAGUUGUGCCACAAGUGCCACACACCAAGUCUUCCUUUUGUCCAGUGGGAGCAAUCUUCACAUGAGGGUAUUCAUGUAGAGUGGGGAGGUGGGAAUUGAGAAGAGAAGGGUGUGUAACUUAAUUUUUUCAAAUAAGCCCCUAACUUAUGGCUGGUCACUGAUAGAUGUUUGUAUCUAGUGUAUUGGAAACUGUGGUUUAACUUUGCCAGUUCAAAUGUUUGUCACCGAAAAAUUAUGUGACAUAAUGCCUGGAAAAUAUCCUGAAGUAAAUUUUAAUCAAUUGCUAGAUUCUCGUUUUACUUUUUUGUGGAGUAAAGGAGAACCUAGUUUGAGAUUAACCGACGUUGCUUAAGGUCUUUUUCCUCACACGCAAAUGGCAGGUAUGACCUGCAAAUGAAAGUCACUUAUUUAAUAUUUAAAUGCUUCAACAAACUUUUAAAAAGAAAAACAAUAAGUUAUUGCAAAAAAUAAAUGCCAAAUAAAUUUGUGAAGAGUUUAAGAGGAGAAGGAAGUGUGAAGCCUUCUCAGAGUCAACCUCUGAACCCCAUUUUUUUCCGGUACUGUCUUACUCUAGUGAUUCAAAUGAAAAAGUUUUUAUAACAGAAUUUUAACAAAUUUUUUUAAUAUUAAAAAU